AUGUUUAUUUGUUCGCAACAUACUAAUCACAUUACAGGCUACAUCGGCGAGUUCGAGGAGGUUGAUGACCACCGCAACGGCAAGAUCGUGAUCCAGCUUAACGGCCGCAUCAACAAGACCGGUGUCAUCUCCCCCCGCUACAACGUCCAGCUCCGUGAUAUCGAGAAGUGGGUCGUCAAGCUCCUUCCCUCGCGUCAAUUCGGUUUCAUCGUCCUCACCACCUCCGCUGGUAUUAUGGACCACGAGGAGGCCAGGCGCAAGCACGUUGCCGGAAAGGUUCUCGGUUUCUUCUACUAG